AUGCGGCUGGUGGAGAGCAGCGAAGCGGCAACGGAGGCAGAGCGCGCGGCGCUCGGCGAGAUGCGGCGCCAGCUGCGCGAGUGGGAGCGCGCGCGCCGGGCGCUGCGCGACGAGCCCGAGCCCGAGCCCGAGCCCGCGCCCGCGCCCGCGCCCACGCCCGAGCUCACAUACUGCCGCAGCGAUGCGCGCAUCAAGGUGUGGGUGACCGGUUCAGGUUCUCUGGAGAAGAUGCCGAUGUGGUGUCCGCCGACGCCGCCGUCGAGCGAGGGCGACGUGUACUGCGAGAGCUGGGCGCUCCCGCUGUACCGGCGCGGUGCCGCCGCCGAGGCGCUGCUGCCGGCCGUGGCGCGGCGCGCCGGCGACAUGCGUGCGGCCCGCGAGCCGCGUCGCGCCCGUGCUGCGCCGCGCGCCGCCCCCGCGCCGCCCUCGCUGUUCGCGCGCGCUGGCGCCCCGGCCCGCGCCCGACCGCGUGCGCGCCCUCCGCCGCACCGCGACGCGCCGCAGCCCGAGUGGGCAGCCGGCGAGGACGCGGCGCUGCGACGCGCGCUGCGCCUUCAGCACCUGCCGCCCGACCCGCCCGCCGCGCUCGCGCCCAACUGGGACUGGGCCGCCGACCUGGUCAACGAGGCGGCGCGCUGCUACCGCUCGCCGCGCGCCUGCCGCGACCGCCACGACGCACUGGCCGACCCGGAGCGCGAGCGCGCGCGCCGCAAGCACCGCAAGCCGGCGCCGGCGCGCCGCCGUCCGGACGACGAGGCCCCGCGCCCGCCGCUGCCGCGCCUCGACGCCAUGCGCGACGCUGCCGAGCGCCGCCGCACUGCGCCCAAGCGCCGCCUCGACGACGCCGCUCACCGCAACCCUAAGCACCACGCGCUACUCGCCGACCACGGCGUCGACUACGACGCACCGCCCCCGCCCAUGGAAGUGGCCACGCGCCGCGCCGAGCGCAUUGCCAAGGAGAAGAUGAAGGCGGGUACCGCCGCAAGCGCCGCCGCGCCGCAGCCCGCGCCCGCCACGCCCCAGCGCAUAGUGGUAGCGGCGGGCGGGCCGGCGGCGACGGGGGCGGUGGCGGUGAGCGCGGCGCCCGGGACGGCGGCGGUCAAGGCGGACGCGGCGAGACGCACACCGACCGCGGGUGCUCAGCUGCUGUACCGGCAACAGGCGCUAGCUGCACGCCAUCAUCUCAAGAUCCUGCACCACGCCGCUGCGCCGCACGUACAGGUCACACAUUACAUAUAA